AUGUAUCUGGACGAUGCAUAUGCUAUCUGGUUCGAUUUGAAGGAACGAUUCUCCAUAGGAGAUUCAGCUCAAAUCUACCAGCUCAAACAACAACUCAUGUCUCUAUCUCAAGGAUCAUCGGAUGUCAAUACAUACUUCACCAAUCUACGCAUAGUUUGGGAUGAAUUCAAGAGCUCACAACCGAUUUCAUGGUGCACCUGUGAUAGUGCUUUGAAGUGGAAUCAGUUUCAGGAGAACGAUUGCACAAUGCAGUUUCUCAUUGGACUGAAUCCUUCAUUCUCUCAGAUAAGAUCUCAUAUACUCUCAAUGAUUCAUCUUCCUUCAUUAUCAAAAGCGUUUUCUCUGGUAAUUCAGGAAGAAAGACAAAGACUCAUUAAUGGAAAUGCUCUAUCUACCAACUCUUCUCCAAUUCCACCCGCUAGUGAAUUACCUUAUGCUAAUGCAGCCUCUUUAUUUGGCAGAGUAUUGAACAAAUUCUUAUGUUCUCACUGUAGAAAAACAAAUCAUCCGGUUGAAAAAUGCUUUAUUCUCCAUGGCUUUCCACCAGGUUUUGGCCGAGGCAGAGGCAAACCUCCACAAUCUGCUGGUUUUCCUUCACAUGCUUCUGGUUUUGCUGGAAAUCCAAACUCUCAUCAGCAGAGGUCUAUUAAUCAUGUUGAAGACACUGCUAAUUUGCCAAGUUUUGAUCUGUAUCAACAGCUUAUCAGUCUCUUGCAAAGUCAGAAACUCCACAAUCUCUCCACACCAGCAAAUACCUCAGCCAAUGACCUCUCUGCUCAACCCUCACCUCAAGCUUCAUCAUCCAGCAACUUCUCUGGUACUGUUUCCUUUACUCCUUUCAUAAAUUCUAUCUCUUCUUUAUGUUCCAGUUCACAUACUUGGAUUCUAGAUACAGGUGCUACUAACCAUGUAUGCUAUGAUCAAUCUCUCUUCACUUCUGCCGCACCUAUUUCAAAUGUUUCAGUCAAUCUCCCAAAUGGUAAUACAGCUCCAGUUACCCAUCUAGGUACUAUACAACUCACUCCUCUCAUUACUCUCACUUCAGUUCUUCAUGUACCAUCAUUCUCCUUUAAUCUGAUAUCAGUAAGUGCUCUCACUCAAACAUCAACUUGCACUGUCAUCUUUACUGAUAGUGCCUUCCAAAUUCAGGAAGCUUCACUGGGGACAGUGAUUGGGAGGGGUAAUCGAGUUGGGAACCUAUACAUCUUUGAUAGUUCAAAUGUAACACAUUCUUUCAAUUCUGCUUCUGUAAAUUCAGCUUCUGUUUUCCCAUCUUUACUUCAUACUCCCACUGACACUAUCAUUUCUCAGAUUCCUUCAUCUCCUGAUACUUCUUCUGAUCCUCUCAUACCUCAGCAAGGAGGUAGAGCUUUGGAUCCAACUAUAAAGAACACAAUGUGA